AUGAGAAAAUUGCUAGCUUUUAUUAGCCUGGUAUGCUAUUUAUUCUACUCCUGUGAUUGCGCACUACCAGAUUCACAACUAAUUGAACAAACACUAAAAAACUCAUUGUUCAGUACUUAUGAUAAAACUAUAAGACCAGAUGAUCAAGUAUCUGUUGAUAUCACUGCUACACUACAACAAAUUGUGGCUAUAGAUGAAAAACAACAAAUAAUGACAUCUAGUUCAUUUAUUUCACAAACAUGGUACGAUUAUCGAUUAACAUGGGCGAAUAAUGCUUCAAAUAAUAAUAUUAGUGUACUUAUGCUACCGGUUAAAAAUUUAUGGAUACCAGAUACGAUGAUAUUGAAUUCAGCAGAUACGAGUGGUUAUUUCACAGUGAAUGAUUACAGUUUGGCAUCUGUUGACUAUAGAGGUCAAGUGUAUAUGAUAUUACCAGCAUUAUCGGUAAGAACAAGAUGUAACUUUUUGGUUCAAAAGUUUCCAUUUGAUAAACAACUAUGCAGCAUCAAUUUAACGUCAUGGAGUCAAGGAGCCAAUAGAAUUCUAUAUACCGAAAAUCGUAGUUUAGUAAUUGAUCUUAGUGAGUAUAGUGAACAUCCUUUAUGGAAAUUGAAUGGAACAGAUAUGAUUGUAACUGAAGCAGCAGAUAGGGCACCAUUUGAAGAUACUUAUAAUGAUAUAAUAUCAAUACAAUUAUAUCUGCAGAGAAAGCCAAUGUAUUUUAUGUUGAAUGGUAUAUUUGCCUGUUUGAUUUUAAAUGCUGUUACUUUGAUAGCAUUUGCAUUGCCCUUUGCAACACAAAUUAGUCUAUCUAUGAUAUGUUUUAUGACAUAUUCUGUUUAUUCGCUAAGUUUCUCCAGUCUAUUUCCACAACAGUCUGACUAUUUAAUGACGAUCACAUUAUACUUUUUGUUAUCAAUUUGUUGGACAUUAAUAGCAAUGCUAUGGUUUGUUAUUUGUAAUUAUUUUAUAACAAAAGUUAGAAUGCCACGGUUACUUUAUGCUUUUUGUGAACUGUUGCAAAGAGUGUCUACUCCGCGACCAAAAAAAGAUGACAAGACAGAUAAGAAGGAUGUUAUUGUUGAAAAUGGUGAGAUUAAGAAGUCUGUGGAUGAAGAAAGUACAAAAGCAACAAGGGCUCAAAGAAUGAAAUGUGUUUGUUGUCAGAAAUUAUUUGUUUCGUGCCUUCAGAGGCAUCAUAGAGUUGAAAGCAUUGACAAGAAACAGCAUGUUUUGGAUGACGAUAUGAAACCCAUCAGAACAAAUCCAACUGACGUUAAGCCAAUUGAAACAGAACAAAAUGAAACAAAUGUAAGACAAUGUUUCGAAGACGCGAAGCGAAUGGUUAACGUACUGAUUGAAGAACAGAAACCGAAACCAAAAUGCGACUUCUGCAACAGAUGCGGGUCAUGCCAAGCUACCACUGAUACAGCAAAUGCUUUAGCCAACAAAAAACUAGACAUUGAAGCUAAAUGCAGCGUCUUAAAUUAUUUUGUCUUUUUUUGUCUGUUAUUAUUCAUGUUUGUUGCUGAAAUGGCUGUAUGGUUCGUAAUGGCACAAUGAGUGGCUUUAAUUUGUUUCUUUCUUCUUCUCUUUGACAAUAAUUUUAUUACAAUUAUUAUUAACAUGACAACACGAUAAUUGCACAUCUUUUAAGACACAAUAAAAUAUGGUUUCAUUGCUUUUCAUAAAUUAGUUUCAGCUUGUUUAGUCAAGAUCUGACAGUAAGAUAUUUUUUACGGUCUUUUCGCAGAUAAGUUUUAAUUACCGUGCGGUUUAGCUGCUGGUCUGCUGCAUGGCACAGUGGGCAUUUUUCUAUAGAGCAGGCGGACAUAUGCUGUAGGAGUGAUAUGAAAGCCUAUAAAGACGUUCUUCUAUUGGUUUUCGAAUAUGCUCUUUCUAAUGAUGAGCUUUUCAGUACUCAAAAGUAAUUCCUUGUGGGUUUUCUCGAGAUCGGAUCUCUGGAAAACCCAUAAAAAAUGUGUUUAUAGACUUGUGUAUUAUUGCUAAAAUAAAUAUCCAAAUUCCUAAGGAAAAUUUGCUGUAGACAGGCUUUGAAGUCUAUAACUCAAUUUGAUCGAAAAUAUUUUUGCAGAAAAACUAUAAAGCUAUACAUCAUUCGAUGCAGUUUUUCACGAUGAUUCCGAAUAUGGCAUUAUUUGUACGAAAAAGUGCUUUAGUGAGAGAGAAAAAUGUGAAAUACGCGAAAACCCCUUAGGAUUUUGGAAGAUCUAUAAAACCUACUUGGAAAAUAUGCGAGAUUUUGCGAUGUUAGAAUACAUAAAUAAUGCGAAUCGCAUCGAUUCACUAGGUCUGUUGCCUGUAAGCCCACUGAGUGUACUCUCGGAAUUAUUAUUCAUUCUGUUGUAACUCGAUCUUGCUACUACAGAAUUGAUGCAUAUUUCUCGCGAUGAGAACGUCCAUAUUUUCCAUCUUAGUUUACAGAACCACUUGCUUUAGCUUUUCACCGGUGAGAAACAUUUAUCAGAAUUGCUAUAGUUCAUCGAGACUCUGUAAUUUGAUUUAGUUUUAUCUGUCGUACAGAUGUUCGAAAUGGACGUAAUAUUACCAAAUCUAUCAGUCUUCUUACCCUUGAUAAAGAAACCUAAGUGGGGGCAAAGUUUGGCCUUCUUCGUCAAAACAACGCUUACACCUCCCUUCGGU